GGUCGGGGCGGCGUCCGGCCGCGGCCAUGGCGGACGAGGCCCCGCGCAAGGCCGGCGUCUCGGCCCUCGUGGGCCGCACCAACGGCCUCACCAAGCCCGCGGGCCUGGCUGGCGGCCCCAGCAAGCCGGGCGGCGCGGGCGGCUCCAGGAAGCUGGUCAUCAAGAAUUUCCGAGACAGGCCGCAGCUGCCCGACAACUACACGCAGGACACGUGGCGCCAGCUGCACGAGGCCGUGCGGGCCAUCCAGGGCAGCACCUCCAUCCGCUACAACCUGGAGGAGCUGUACCAGGCUGUCGAGAACCUCUGUUCUCACAAGGUCUCCCCGACACUGUACAAGCAGCUGCGCCAGGUCUGUGAGGACCACGUCCAAGCACAGAUCCUUCAGUUCCGAGAAGACUCGCUAGACAGCGUUUUAUUUUUAAAGAAGAUUAACACGUGCUGGCAGGAUCACUGCAGACAGAUGAUCAUGGUCAGGAGCAUCUUCCUGUUUCUGGACCGCACCUACGUCCUGCAGAACUCCAUGCUCCCGUCUCUCUGGGACAUGGGAUUAGAACUGUUCCGAAACCACAUUAUUAGUGACAAGAUGGUUCAAAGUAAGACCAUCGAUGGGAUUCUGCUCUUAAUUGAACGAGAGCGAAGCGGGGAGGCCGUGGACAGGAGCCUGCUCCGGAGCCUGCUGAGCAUGCUGUCCGACCUGCAGGUGUAUAAGGAUUCAUUUGAACUGAGAUUUUUGGAAGAGACGAAUUGUUUGUAUGCUGCAGAAGGCCAAAGAUUGAUGCAAGAGAGAGAGGUUCCAGAAUAUCUUAACCAUGUAAGUAAACGUCUGGAAGAGGAAGGAGAUCGUGUGAUCACGUACUUAGACCACAGCACCCAGAAACCACUGAUUGCUUGUGUGGAGAAACAGCUGCUAGGAGAGCACCUGACAGCAAUUCUGCAAAAAGGUCUCGACCACCUGCUGGAUGAGAACAGAGUGCCGGACCUCACGCAGAUGUACCAGCUGUUCAGCCGCGUGAAGGGCGGCCAGCAGGCACUGCUGCAGCACUGGAGCGAGUACAUCAAGACGUUUGGAACCACGAUUGUCAUCAAUCCUGAGAAGGAUAAAGACAUGGUGCAGGAUCUGCUGGACUUCAAGGACAGGGUGGACCAUGUGAUCGAGGUGUGCUUCCAGAAGAACGAGCGGUUCAUCAACCUGAUGAAGGAGUCCUUCGAGACGUUCAUCAACAAGAGACCCAAUAAGCCUGCAGAGCUGAUCGCCAAGCACGUUGAUUCCAAGCUGAGAGCAGGCAACAAGGAAGCCACAGAUGAGGAGCUCGAGCGCAUCCUGGACAAGAUCAUGAUCAUGUUCAGGUUCAUUCACGGCAAAGACGUCUUUGAAGCGUUUUAUAAAAAGGAUUUGGCAAAAAGACUCCUGGUUGGAAAAAGUGCCUCAGUGGACGCCGAGAAAUCGAUGCUGUCCAAGCUGAAGCAUGAGUGCGGGGCUGCGUUCACCAGCAAGCUGGAAGGCAUGUUCAAGGACAUGGAGCUCUCCAAGGACAUCAUGGUGCACUUCAAGCAGCACAUGCAGAAUCAGAGUGACCCAGGCCCCAUCGACCUCACCGUGAACAUCCUCACCAUGGGCUACUGGCCGACGUACACGCCCAUGGAGGUGCAUCUGACGCCAGAAAUGGUUAAACUUCAGGAAGUGUUUAAGACCUUCUACCUCGGGAAGCACAGCGGCCGGAAACUUCAGUGGCAGACGACUUUGGGACAUGCUGUUCUCAAAGCAGAGUUUAAGGAAGGCAAGAAGGAGUUCCAGGUGUCCCUGUUCCAGACGCUCGUGCUGCUCAUGUUCAACGAGGGCGACGGCUUCAGCUUCGAGGAGAUAAAGAUGGCCACCGGCAUAGAGGAGAGCGAGCUGCGAAGGACGCUGCAGUCGCUGGCGUGCGGGAAAGCGCGGGUGCUGCUGAAGAGCCCCAAGGGAAAGGAGGUGGAAGACGGAGACAAGUUCCUCUUCAAUGCAGACUUCAAGCACAAGUUGUUCAGGAUAAAGAUCAAUCAGAUUCAGAUGAAGGAAACCGUUGAGGAACAGGUCAGCACCACUGAGCGGGUGUUUCAAGAUCGACAGUAUCAGAUUGAUGCUGCCAUCGUCAGAAUAAUGAAGAUGAGGAAGACUCUGGGUCACAACCUUCUGGUUUCUGAGUUGUAUAAUCAGCUGAAGUUUCCGGUCAAGCCUGGAGAUUUGAAGAAGAGAAUCGAAUCUCUUAUAGACAGAGACUAUAUGGAGAGAGACAAAGACAAUCCGAACCAGUACCACUAUGUGGCAUGACGUCAGCCGUGUCUGCGCUAGAGAAACACUAGAAUGUAUCUCCAGAGCAAUGGGCGCCUCCACGCGGCUCCGGGACUCUGCUGGAGCCAGCUGUGGGCCCUGGAGGAGACGGGAGAGCGCUGGUUCUGGGCUGUCCCCCCAGGGCUCGGGUCUCCAGACAGCAUAAGUAUCUUUUCCCCCUCUGGUUCUUUUAGGCAUUUAAAUUGUUCCUAUUGCUUUGUGCAGACUGAGACGUUGGUUAACGGCGGCCCUCAGAAGGUCGUGUUCCUGGGGCAGGAGCUGCGUUUGCUUUGGUUCUGUGUGUGUGGUCACGAGUGCGCCGAGAAGACCCUACAUGCUGCAUUUCGCUCUAAAGAUGCCUGAGGUGUUCCUGAAGCCACGCCCCCUCGUGUUCCACCGGCCGACCAGUGAUGCAGCCGCAGCAGCCCACACCUGUGUGUUCUGUUUUUCCAAACGUUUCAGGCUUUUUGACUGGAUUCCUGAAACUUCAGGCGAGGUCCGGGGGCUGGGCGUGGGGCCGCCAGCACCUUCAGUCCCGCCCAGCUCCGUGCGCUGUCGGUGAGGGCCUGGGGGCUAGUGUGCUGGUGUGUUCAUUCUAAGAUUGAGUCUAGCAGUCCCUGGUUUUUGGCAUUGGGGAAACUGCUGUUUGAUUUUUUUAAAUUGCAGUAUUUGUAUGAUUACUAUAAUAAUAAAGUCAGGUUUGGUUUUUACAGUCCUGUGCAGGGGCAGCCCUCGUUCUCUGCUCUACCACUAUUAAAGUUUUCUAGGAGACUUGAAGUCUUGACAUUGUGAAACAGAAGUUAUUUUGUCAAAGAUUAAAAGGCUUUUGUUGGUA